AUGAAAAAUAUUUUCAACUGAUUUUUUUUUUAACAGAUGUUUUACAUAUCGCGGGAAUGCCCCACAAAGUACCGAGUCAUGGACGUGACGAGUCAGCAACUUCUACGAAGAAUGAUGCGGGUAAAAUGAAAAACUUGGAAGAUGAGACGUCCCCGAUUACCCUCGAGAAAAGCAACAUUGUUAUGCUGGGACCUACUGGUUCAGGUAAGACAUUACUGGCACAAACGUUAGCGCGAUGUCUUGAUGUCCCGUUCGCGAUAUGCGACUGCACGACGCUUACACAAGCCGGGUACGUGGGGGAGGACAUUGAAUCAGUGAUCGCUAAAUUGUUACAAGACGCAGGGGGUCAUGUCGAAAGAGCUGAACAGGGGAUUGUUUUUCUUGACGAAGUUGAUAAAAUAAGCAGCGUGCCGGGAAUCCACCAACUAAGAGAUGUCGGAGGGGAGGGUGUACAGCAGGUCAGUGGUUUAUUGAGCACCUGCAGCCUUUUAUUUACUAUUAUUUUAUUUUUUUCUGUUGAUUAUUUUUUUUCUAAUAUUUUAUUGUUUCUAUC